AUGAAGACCCUGAGAAGGAGGGGGGAGGAGGGGAUCAAGGGGGACGUGUCUCCACCACAGACUCUGCCAAAGAUGCAGACGAAGGAGCAGAAUGAGGAGAAGGGGGGGUCCCCCACCCACCCCGCCCAUGCCACUGAGCAUAGCACCACCCCCCGACUCAGACUCCCACGUACGCGUGGGCCAAGCAGAGCCGAACUUGGCGAGAGAUCUCUAGGCGGUGGGCAAACGCCUCCGAGCGGCCUCGAGAAUUACUUUGCUCAGCUCGACCAAGUCCUGAGGGCGGAGGGAUAUGGUGGCGGUGGUGGUGGUGGAACAGCGGAGGGAUUUUUCCGGCGUCGUAAAGAGAUUGGAGGUGGCGUGGAGGAGGAGGACGAGGAAGACGAGGGGGAGGUUUUCCGUCUGCUACGUUUGCUCUGCAGUGCGAUGCUGGCCCUAUUCGUACGGAUUUUCGUCGUCCAGUACCUGUCCAUAUUCGCUCCGUUCCUGACUCUACAAGUCGCUCUGAUGGGCAUUGGAAAAUUCUUCCCACAGUACGAACGGAGGGUUCCCAGAUGGAUGCCCACAGAGCUCACUCGCAUCCUCACGGGGAACUCGAGGCAGCGAAGUGUUUCCACGGGAGACUGCCCGACCACCCCCUCCGCCACCACUCCCUCCGCCACCACCCAGACCGCAUUCCCCCCGUCGGCUGCCACCACCCUGCGUAACCUCUGGAGCCCGUCGGUUAUCGGCAUCGCCACCCAGGGCAGCUCGCUCUCGGCCCUGCUCCCUCGGCUCUUGCGCUUCUACGCGCGUCUCACGGACGCCUGCGCCGACCUCGCUGUCUAUUUCUUCACAAUCUUAGUUUGCCACGAGGGCAUGCGGGCGCUCGGCGCGGAGAUGGAGCAGGAAGAGUAGGGAGGCAAGUAGGGGUCGAGGAAAAGGAGGGAACAGGAUGAGAUGAAACAACGGCACGAGAGGGAGGAUGGAGGGAGUUUCGAGUCGAUUACAACUAGGGCUGCCACAGUAUUUCUCGCGAUGCGAUGUCAGAUUUCGCGAUAUGAUUCUCACGAUAUCUGUUUUCCAUUAGUUUGUAGUAUUUAUUAUUGUGUUGUUUUUGUGCUUUGCUGUCAUUCCAGUCAAAGUUCUUCAACUGCAGUGCACACAACAUGAGCCCGCCAUGAGUUUUUCUAUUCAUUACAAUCUGCAGUGCACAUGCUGUCAGCUGCACAAUAAAUAAGCAAUUACAACUAAACCUAUGACAUCGGUUACUCCGGAAAACUUUUUGUAAAGCACUAAUUUAAUUGGCGAGAGCUAUUUAUUUAGAACGUGGUUAAGUGUGCUUUUCAUUUUGUAUAUAUUUUGUCAGGAAGUAAAAUUUUGAUUUGGAAUAUAUUGGCCAAAAUAACCACGAUGUCACGAUACUUUGCAUAGUGGGCGAUACGAUUCUCCGUAGUCCUUGUAUCAUACGGCAUCAUAGUAUUGGCACACCACAGAAACCCUCGUCAGAAGUAGAGAAUGAGAGCAGACGAGAAGGAAACACUGAGUAGCUGAGGAGGGAAUGAGAGGAUUACAUUCGGAGAGAAUGAGAAGGCAUAUACUCGAGAAUUAAUAGAUUAGGAGGGAAUGAGUAGAUUAACGGGGGAAAUUAGGGAAGCGUUUAUUAGAAGUACAGAAGUAGGAAGGGGGUGAUACCUUUUUCCUCUGAGACUAAGGUAAGUUUUACUACAGCUAUCGGUCUUGCAUGCGACAAAGGAGAAUGGAAAUUUCCGAACGUUGAACAAUGAUCUGUAACGACAUGAUGAUAAUAAAGGUCAUAAAAAUG